AUGGCGGGCAGGAACUGGGGACUCCAUGGCGGGGCAGGAUACUCGGGAGGCCAUGGUGGGGCAGGGGACUCGGGAGGCCAUGGCGGGGAAGGGGACUCAGGAGGCCAUGGCAGAUCUGGGGACUCGGGAGGCCAUAGCGGGGCAGGAGACUCGGGAGGCCAUGGUGGGGCAGGGGACUCGGGAGGCCAUGGUGGGGCAGGAGACUCGGGAGGUCAUGGCGGGGCAGGAGACUGGGGAGGCCAUGGCAGGGCAGAAGACUCGGGAGGCAAUGGUGGGGCAGGAGACUCGGGAGGCCAUGGAGGGGCAGGAGACUGGGGAGGCCAUGGCGGGGCAGGAACUGGGGACUCCAUGGCGGGGCAGGAUACUCGGGAGGCCAUGGUGGGGCAGGGGACUCGGGAGGCCAUGGCAGAUCUGGGGACUCGGGAGGCCAUAGCGGGGCAGGAGACUCGGGAGGCCAUGGUGGGGCAGGGGACUAGGCAGGCCAUGGCGGGGCAGGUACUGGGGAGGCCAUGGUGGGGCAGGAGACUCAGAAGGCCAUGGCGGGGCAGGGGACUCGGGAGGCCAUGGUGGGGCAGGAGACUCGGGAGGUCAUGGCGGGGCAGGAGACUCAGGAGUCUGGGGACUCGGGAGGGCAUGGUGGGGCAGGAGACUCUGGAGGCCUUGGCGGGGCAGGGGACUCGGGAGGCCAUGGUGGGGCAGGAGACUCGGGAGGUCAUGGCGGGGCAGGAGACUCAGGAGUCUGGGGACUCGGGAGGGCAUGGUGGGGCAGGAGACUCGAGAGGCCAUGGCGGAGCAGGAGACUCGGGAGGCCAUGGUGGGGCAGGAGACUCAGAAGGCCAUGGCGGGGCAGGGGACUCGGGAGGCCAUGGUGGGGCAGGUACUGGGGAGGCCAUGGUGGGGCAGGAGACUCAGAAGGCCAUGGCGGGGCAGGGGACUCGGGAGGCCAUGGUGGGGCAGGAGACUCGGGAGGUCAUGGCGGGGCAGGAGACUCAGGAGUCUGGGGACUCGGGAGGGCAUGGUGGGGCAGGAGACUCGGGAGGCCAUGGCGGAGCAGGAGAAUCGGGAGCCCAUGGCGGGGCAGGAACUGGGGAGUUUGGGGACUCCGGAGGCCAUGGUGGGGCAGGAGACUCAGGAGGCCAUAGCCCCAGCUUCCGCCUCUACGGCUGGAGACCUAAUACCACACCCCACCCCCUAAAAAAAAUACUUGGGGGAAUUUAUGGGGCAUAA